AACAAGUCGAAAGCUGUUAAAUCUUAACCAUGACUAACAGUUAUACACAUGAUCUUCAUAAAGUAUCUCUUAACAAUAUCACAUCAAUGUACGUUAAUGUCAGUAAUGUUACCGAUUAUUGUACUAACGACUAUUGUAUCCCAGAUGAAGAGUAUCUUGAUAUGAUUGAAGAAUAUAUAUUUCCAAAUACGUACGAAUGGGUUUUGAUCGCUUUUCACAUUAUAGUGUUUAUUGUAGGAUUAAUUGGUAAUGCCCUCGUCUGUAUAUCAGUAUACAGAAAUCAUAGCAUGAGGACUGUUACCAAUUAUUUCAUUGUCAAUUUGGCCGUUGCGGAUUUUUUGGUGAUACUUAUUUGCUUACCUCCUACUGUUCUUUGGGACGUGACAGAAACGUGGUUUUUUGGUCGAGUUAUGUGUAAACUUGUCUUGUAUUUACAGAGCGUUUCUGUUUCAGUCUCAGUAUUAACUCUUGCGUUCAUCUCUAUUGAUCGUUGGUAUGCUAUUUGCUAUCCGCUACGUUUUAAAAGUACUGCUUCUCGAGCCAAAAUAUCCAUUGCUGUUAUUUGGUUACUUUCAUCAUUAAUUAUCUUGCCUGAAGCUAUAGUAUUGGAUAUUCGUCCCUUUACUAAUCUCCGAGUGGAAACUCUAUAUUUAACUGAUUGUGGUUACACAUGGUCUGAAGGAGAUACCACAAAAUAUCAACUCUUCAUCCUGCUUAUAUUAUAUGUAAUACCCUUUUUCUUGAUGUCUCUUGCAUAUUAUCAAAUAGCUAAAGUUUUGUGGAAUAAAAAUAUUCCUGGCUCAGUACACACUACUAAAAGGAAUGCUAAACUGCAGAGAUUUAAGCAAAAUGUUAUAGAAAAGAAAACAUGUCGUAAUGGAGCUAUUAGAUUUACACAAGUUAAUCAAAAUUGUGCCAUACAAAUUCGUUCAAGACGGAAAGCUGCUAAAAUGUUAAUAGCAGUAGUAGUUAUGUUUGGCGCUUGUUAUCUCCCAGUUCAUCUGUUAAAUACACUUAGAUAUACCACAGGUCUUCCUCAGAAUCAUGCCACGACAGUUGCUUCUCUUGUAUCGCAUUGGCUUUGUUAUGCUAACAGUGCUAUAAAUCCUAUUAUCUACAAUUUCAUGAAUGGUAAAUUUCGUAAAGAAUUCCGAAAUUCAUUUACUUCAAAUUGUUUCCGUCAGAAACGAAGUCGUUCUCGUCUUACUUACUUAUGCCACAAUUCAAAUUCUUUAACAGUAACUCAGUUUGAAACCAUUAACUUAAAUUCUAUCGCACAUAAUUCGUAAAUUUUCUAAAAUUUAUUUUUGGCUUAUAUUAAAGAUGUAUACGAAUUUUAUAUUGUGAUUCUGUAUUUAAU